AUAUAUAUAGGUUAAUAUUCAAACAUAUUUUUACAAAUACUUCUGUUUUAAGAAAUGAAACAGUUUUUUUCCAAUCAUGUGUGCCAUAGAGUGUUUAUUUAAGUCGUAUAAUAGUGGUUCGAAAAUAUUAAAUUUCGUGUAAUUAGAACAAUUUUAUCGCUUCAGACGCACUAUAACUCAUUUUUCAUUCUGUUACAACUUCAUUAUGGUACAUUGUGAAUUUUCGCCAAUGAACUUUUGUUAAAGCUAAGUCUAUUGUAGGUGAACUGGAAGUAAUUUAAAGUACUGCUCCUUAGUGAAAAUGCUUUCUGUAUCAGUAUUUAUAAUUUCGGAAAAUAAUUGAGUAACAUUAAGAUUGUUUACGUAACAUGACAUCCACAUCCAUAAAAGAUGCUCUUGCUAAAUGGUCAGAAGAAAAUGAUAAGGCAGAUCCGACAAAAUCCACUUCAGUUGAACUGCAGUUCAUGAACCCCCCUAUAGAAAAAAUGGACAAUGCUCUUUCAACCCUUACAAAAUGCGAGUUUUUAUCCCUGUCAACUAACAAUAUUGAACAAAUAACUGGUCUCCAAGGAAUGAAGUGUUUAAAAAUCAUCUCCCUUGCAAGAAACAGUAUCAAAAAUUUGAAUGGAUUACAAGCUGUAGCGAAAACCUUAGAGCAAUUGUGGAUUUCCUACAAUGAGAUUGAGAGAACAAAAGGAAUUGAAGUUUUCCAAAACCUAACAUUACUGUCUAUGCAAUUCAAUGUGGUCAAAGAUUGGUCUGAAUUCAACCGAUUGAGUCAACUUACAAAAUUGACUGACUUAUAUUUUAUGGGGAACAUAAUAAAUGAAGAGAUGGAAGAAUUAGAUUGGUUGAAGACCGGAAAGAAAAAGAUACCCCAGCUCGAAACCUUAGAAGGACACUUUGUAAUGGGAUCCCAAAUACAUAUUGACGAACCCACUGAAGAUGAAGACAAAGAAAAAGAACCGGAAGAAUAAAGUAUUGACUUUGUUAAUACAAGUGUACCAUUUUACAUUGAAAUAGUAAUUAUUCAAUUAAUGUUACAAUUUAUUUACUCUUAAUACUGUAGUGGAUUUUU